UAAAUUACUUCCUCCCCACAUUCCCGAGAUCCGAUGUCACGCGUGACAGGGCGACAGCUGGCUUCCGACACUCAUGCCGUCAGUCGACGACCAAAACAAUGGCAGAGAUCGAGUGGCCCUGGCAAUACAGUUUCCCGCCGUUCUUCACGCUUCAGCCGCACGCGGAUACCAGAGCCAAGCAGAUAGCGGCCUGGAAGAGCCUGGUGCUCGAGUACUAUCGCGUCACGAAGCAGGCGAUCGUGGAUGUGCGUGAGGCGCACACGAAUCCUCUGUUCAAUAACGCCAGCAUUAACAGAAAAUUACCGUCCGAGGCGGUGCUGCUGAUACUGGAGGAAUUAGGAAAGUCAGGAAAUGCGACCCCCCUGGAUAAGACCAAGCAGAGAUGGCUGGUCUACUGGCACACUUUAGAGGAAUGGGGCGAUAUAAUAUAUAAUUGGGCGCAGGAGAACGGCUUCGUUGGCUCGGUGUGCACAUUUUUCGAACUGACACAAGGGGAGGACACGAGUGAGCAAGAAUUCCACGGUUUGGAUACAGAAGUACUGAUCAGAUCACUGAGGACACUCGAGGCAGCGAGAAAGGCAGAGAUUAUUUCAUUCGACGAUAAUCAGGGCGUUAAAUUUUUCUAACGCUCCGAAAGUAAUUGUCACUACUCGUUGAGACUCUCCGACGAGUUACAGAUAUAUGUAAAUUGUAUUUAUUAUUGCAUACCUAUUGUAUAUUACAAUUUAAUGUAUUUAGAUUAGAUGUGCGUGUUCAUGAAAUAAAUUUGAAGUUGGUUCUUUACAGCAAUAUAAA